GUUUUGUUUAUGUUGGACGCUUUCUAACCUUUACUUAAAUGAUUUUAAAAUUUCAAAAGCAAAGGAAAUGCCGUGAUAUUUACCGCUAGUUAUUAAUUUUUGUGUUGUCAGUAAUUAGAGAAGUGAUUUUGCGGAUCAUGAAUUUGAACGUCUACCAAGGACAUUCUUGUAAAGAAUACUCCCUAACGGCGUCGCUUUACGAUUGCAUUGAGGACAAUAACUAUAGAGGUGUUAAGCACAUGCUAAUAGAAAAAGGAGCUGAUCCAAACAUCAUACUGCAAGAUACAGGAAUCGCGCCAUUUCACUUAAUUAUUGGAAACGAAUCUGAAGAUUUUACGUUGAAAACUACAAAAUUAAUUUUGCAAUGCGGCGGUAAUCCCAACGUUAAAUCCGAGGAUGGCCUUACCCCUUUGCACAUCGCCUCCGCUUGGGGUAGGUUAAAAAUUGUGGAAUUACUUAUUCACUUCGGAGCGAAUUACGAAAUAAGAGAUAACAAUUAUCAGACACCCUUAAACUAUGCGGUGGAACAUCAACAUGCGGACGUCGCCAAGUUUCUUUAUGACGAAGGAAAAACAAAUAUCAACUUUGAUAAUGCUGAUGAGCCGAAGGCAUACUGUUUAAAUUUAGAAAAAAUUCUAAUUAGCAAUGGUACAUCGGAGGCCGAAUACGAAGUUAACCAAAUGGAAAAAUUUGCUAGUUCCAUGUCUAAGUUGGAUUUGUUGCCUCAGACUACGCCUCACGAGUAUGUCAGUAAUUGGUUUAAUACAAAUUCAAAAACGUUAUUGUGUGGGAAUCAAUUGGAUGAUAGCAUCAAGCCUAACCAGAGUAGUACAUUUAACAGAUUUGAAUGUAGUAAAUCGCCUCAGCUAAAACAGAACAGUAAUGGCGGUGUGAUCGAACUUAUUUCCCUACAGUAUGAAUGCAGUUCUAAGUUUCGCAACGUCAAUUGUCCUAGCGAAAACAACUCGACGAAAAAUUUUUGCAAAUUCAAGGAAUCGUCGCGAGAAAGUGGAAUUUUGACACUUUCAAACACAUCAUUAAACGCUUACAGUAUUAGUGCGGAGAAGUUCUGCGAUUUAAACCUUUUCAAUCGCACCCGGGAACACAAAGACACUAGCAGUGAUUAUUUCACGUGCAACGAAAUUUCCGGCAGCACAAACAUUUUGGAAAAAAAUGUGUUUGACAUACCCGAAUUCUCGAUUUCGGGCGCAAAUUGUGUUAAUAACGUCGAUCCCGGCCGUAUGAGUUUCAACCUCAACGAAGACGGGGGUAACGUUAGUAUUGCAGAGGUAUACAAAUAUACAGAUGAGAAAGAAGACAUUGUUCUGUUGGAAAAGCGAUUUCCCAUUAAUCAAAAAAUUGAGGUCGAAAACGAAUUGUUAUCGCAGUCUUCCAAGCUAUCUUCUUUACCUGCCAGUUUUGACUACGACGCAAACACCUUGCGACACGAAUUGACGCAGUAUGGUUUUCCUGUCGGGCCAAUUACGAAAACUACUAAAAGAGUGUAUCUUAGAAAACUGUAUAAGCUUCAAAAGCAGGUGGCUCCUAAAAUUCUACCAUCGAUUUCGGAUCAACUAAGAGUUUACUCUUCUGAACUGGAGGGUACACUUCUUACGCCCAAUUGCAUAAAAGAUUCCCCGGAAUGUAAAACUUUGGAAGAAACAUUAUCUAAGGAAUUUAGUAACCCUGAUCCAUCUCGAAAGUGGCGAGAAGGUGUCAAUAAAUCCUCAUUUUCGUACCUGUUAUUAGACCCUCGUCUCACCAACAAUUUGCCUAACCGAGCUGAACAGAUGCCACCAACUGAGGUUUGGAAGACAUUCUUGGAAUCAAUUUUUUAUGUGGGAAAAGGCAAACGCGCUCGGCCUUACUCGCAUUUGUACGAUGCAGUUAAACUUUGGAAUGCGGGUAUGAUAAACGAUUCCAAUAAAAAAUUACAACACAUACUUGAUAUUUGGAAGGCUGAUUUAGGUGUAAUAUGUUUGCAUGUCUUUCAAAAUGUGAUACCCGUAGAAGCCUACACAAGAGAGGCAGCUAUGAUUGCGGCAUUAAAAUUGGAGAAUUUAAGAAAUAACAAACUGGGGCAGUUUUAUGGAACUCCAUUGACAUGGUCAGCGCAGCAGCAAAACAAGCUUGGUGUUGCGCUACUUUAUAAAGCAAUGAUGAUAUUUCUUAACGAAGGGGAACGGCAAUUAAAACCAAGUGAUAUUAAUUGAGAGUAUUUUACAAUUGUAAUGUAUUAUAGUAUUUUUUAUAAAAGCUUAUUUUUGUACAUAUUAUUCUAGUCUUAAAUUUUGUAGUAGUAAGUGCAAUCUUAUGACGAAACCUGUCAAUUAUUUUUAAAGGGUUUUAACUAAUAUUAAAAGAGAAAGUAUUUGUUUUUAUGAUGUGUAAAGUUAUAUGAUAGGAUUGUUGAAGUAUUAAAUAGUAACUAAUUUCAUUUCUUAGAAAUUGUUUGCUGUGCAAUAGUGUGAACCUUAGAUCAUAUAAUCAUGGAUAGAGCUAUCUCACAAGCUCUACUAAAAGACAACCGUCGCCAACAUUCCAACGUGCAUUUUUAUGCCUAAUUAUCUUUUACUAUUAGUAAGUUGUAAUGUAUUUAUCCUUUGCCGGGUUGAUUGUAAAAGUGCGCAAGCUUGGCGAUGGUAAGGACGUUUGUCCGUUUGACAUCGUAUAUUCGCAAACAGCUGUUUUUGUUGUUUAAUAAUAAUCUUUAUAAUAAUAAUCUUUAUUGUCCAAACAGGUGUAAUACAAAACCCUAGAAUAGGACAAAAUUAUAAGUGAGAGAGUAAAAAUUAAUGAAGUAACUAACUCGUAAAAAAAAAAUAAUAACUAAGUAAUAUAAUUAAGAAUGAUAGGUAAUGGAGUGUGAAAAAUAUCUACAUGACUUGAAAUAUCAUUAUAGUGAUAACACAUUGUAUAAAUCGGUGAGCUUUGUCUGAUAUUAGUUCUACAUCUUGGCAAUUGAAAUGUGAUUUUAUUCCUAGAUGAGGGACGUGGUAUAUAAAAUUUUAUCGAGUUAUGUAGCAAAUUGCAGUCAGUUAGGUUGUGCAAAAGCUUAUAUAGAUAAGUAACAGCCAUUCGCCUUCUCCUAACUACUAGCGGGACAAGAUCAAAGUUUUCUAGCAUAAUUGCCUGGGGGUAGCCUCUUUCCGGGUAGUAACCAUCCUUUCGGAAACACAUAUAUUUAAUAAUUCUCCUCUGCACAUGUUCGAUGUCAUUUUCGUACUUUUUGUACAGUGGACUCCAUAUGAUUGCUCCGUAUUCCAGUUUAGGUCGAACCAAUGUUGUGUAGAGAGAUUUAAUUGUUGCGAUGCUGGAAAAUUCCGCGCUGACGCGUAUAACAUACCCCGCUACUUUCAUUGCUUUAUUUACCAUGUAACCUUGUUUGACUUUAUAUGGUUAUAUAUAAAACUAAACUUUUAAUACAGUUCUGUACCACUAAAUUGUCCUAUAAAGAUAUGUAUUUAUUCAUGUAUUGAGAACCUUUUUUACCCUAAAUAAUAAAUAUUGCAUUGUUUAUUAACAUUGUGAUGUUAAAGAUUUGAAUUUUCUGAUUGGUUACUAUCGCUGAAACUGUACAUGGAAUAACAACAUAUAAUUUGUACGUCGACAAGAGAGAUACAGCACAAAAGUAUGUAGAGUCUUGAAUCAGAACAUGUUGGCGACAUAAGUGUAAUUGCAUCGCUCCAUCCAUGUUUAUAUGAUCUAAGGUGUGAACUACUUUACUGACUAUUGACUUUAUUAGGUGUAAUUAAGUGAUAUUUUAUAUCUAAAUUACAUGUUAGCUUGAUGCAAUAAAUCUAUACUUUUAA